GGCGGGGAGAAGGGCAGGCGAGUCAGAGUCAAGUUAAAAGGGGCCCGGAUACUUCCGUUGUUUAAACUUGAAUGCUCGAAAAUGGUCUGAGGAGCAAUAAACAAUCUGAUCCUUUUUCUCCCCCCUCCAGAAAUCCACUGCAGUAUUAAUCCAAGGAGGUGCUUUGGGGACAGUUGGCAGUACAAUGGCUUCUCAGUACCUCAUAGUGGCUCUGGCCGUUUUCUCCUCUUUUACCCAGGUUGUAAUAGAAGCCAGCUCUUGGUGGUCUUUAGGGAUGAACCCUAUGAACCCCAUGAACCCUGUUCAGAUGUCAGAGGUGUAUAUAAUAGGAGCCCAGCCACUAUGUAGCCAGCUAGCAGGGCUUUCCCAAGGACAGAAGAAACUCUGCCAAUUGUAUCAGGACCAUAUGCAGUUCAUUGGAGAGGGUGCAAAGACGGGCAUUAAGGAGUGCCAGUAUCAGUUCAGACAUAGAAGAUGGAAUUGCAGCACUGUGGACAACAACUCUGUUUUUGGCAGAGUCAUGCAGAUAGGUAGGAACUUUCCUAGGUGUAGUCAGAACUUGUGGCACCCUUGGAAAAGCGAUAGGGGAAGUCAGGCUCUAAUAAAGGUGGGAUUAGAUACUGUCAAGAGGAUGGCGAAUGAAUUUUGGUGGCUUUUGCCCUCCCGGCUCAUCGGUGGGCAGGGAGCGGGGCGCGCGGGCUGCAGCCGAGCAGCGCGCCCCAAGGACUUGCCCCGGGACUGGCUCUGGGGUGGCUGCGGGGAUAACAUCGAAUACGGAUACCGCUUUGCCAAGGAGUUCGUUGAUGCCCGGGAGCGGGAGAGAGUUUACCAGAGAGGCUCCUACGAAAGCGCCCGCAUCAUGAUGAACCUGCACAACAACGAGGCCGGGAGAAGAACUGUGUACAACCUGGCUGACGUGGCCUGUAAGUGCCACGGUGUCUCUGGUUCCUGUAGCCUGAAGACCUGUUGGCUGCAGCUUGCCGAUUUCCGCAAGGUAGGCGAUGCCCUGAAGGAGAAAUACGAUAGCGCCGCUGCCAUGAAACUCAACAGCCGGGGCAAGCUGGUGCAAGUGAACAGCCGCUUCAACGCACCCACCAUCCACGACCUGGUCUACAUCGAUCCCAGCCCCGACUACUGCGUGCGCAACGAGAGCACUGGGUCCCUGGGCACCCAGGGCCGCCUUUGCAAUAAGACCUCGGAGGGCAUGGACGGCUGCGAACUCAUGUGCUGUGGCCGGGGCUACGACCAGUUCAAGACGGUGCAGCGAGAGCGCUGCCACUGCAAGUUCCACUGGUGCUGCUACGUGAAAUGCAAGUUGUGCACAGAGAUCGUGGACCAAUUUGUGUGCAAAUAGGGGACGGAUGAGGUGGGAGGAACUGCAGCCACCUGCCAGCAAGGGGUGCAGGCCCCUCUCCCUUCCCGCAGGACUAUCUCCACUUUAUUUAUAGAGUCUAACGAGUUGUCGUCUUCUUUAAAAAAAAAAAAAAGAAAAAAAAAAAGGGCGGGGGGAAGG